GAUCCGGUCUCUACUCUCAUGCGCGCAGUGGGCCUUUCACGAUGACUUGGGAUUACUUUGGAUUCUCUGAGCUGCGCAACACGCCAGCCAAUAAUAAUGGCACGGUGGCCAUCAACAACCCGGCUGACAUCUCCGUCAUUGUCGUCUACUUUGUGGUCGUCUUGGCCGUCGGAAUAUGGGCGAUGCUGAGUACCAGCAGGGGGACUGUGGGAGGAUUCUUCCUGGCAGGCAGGAGCAUGGUCUGGUGGCCGAUCGGGGCAUCUCUGUUUGCCAGUAACAUCGGCAGCGGACAUUUUGUGGGCAUCGCUGGCACAGGAGCCGCGACCGGAAUCGCCAUCGGAGGAUUCGAGUGGAAUGCCCUGGUGAUGGUUAUCAUCUUGGGAUGGCUUUUCGUCCCCAUAUAUAUCAAAUCUGGGGUGGUAACCAUGCCGGAGUACCUGAAGAAACGUUUUGGUGGCACGCGUAUUCGCAUCUACCUCUCGGUCCUCUCUCUCGUCCUCUACGUCUUCACCAAGAUCUCGGCGGACAUGUUUGCUGGAGCUAUCUUCAUCAACCAGGCAUUGGGUCUUAAUAUCUACUUGGCCGUCGUGCUGCUGCUCUCCAUCACUGCACUCUAUACUAUCACAGGGGGCCUUGCGGCGGUCAUCUACACGGACACUCUCCAGACCGUCAUCAUGGUGGUGGGAUCCUUCAUCCUCAUGGGCUUCGGUUUCAAUGCGGUGGGGGGUUAUGAUGCGCUGCAGGUUAAGUACAUGGAGGCCAUCCCCUCGAUAAUCCCGGCCAACCUGAGCGCUGCCUGCUACAUGCCCAGAGAGGACUCCUUCCACAUCUUCAGGGACGCGGUGACCGGCGACCUGCCCUGGCCUGGACUGGUGUUCGGACUCAGCAUCCAGGCAGCCUGGUACUGGUGCACCGACCAGGUGAUAGUGCAGCGUUGCCUGUCUGCUAAGAACCUGUCCCAUGUGAAGGCCGGCUGCAUCCUGUGUGGAUACCUCAAGCUCCUCCCCAUGUUCCUCAUGGUCUUCCCUGGCAUGAUCAGCAGGGUGCUAUACACAGAUGUGAUUGCGUGUGUGGACCCGGAGGAGUGUACCAAGUACUGUGGAGCCGCCGUUGGGUGCUCCAAUAUCGCCUACCCCAAACUAGUGGUGGACCUCAUGCCUAAUGGUCUGCGAGGUCUCAUGUUGUCGGUGAUGUUGGCCUCCCUGAUGUCCUCCUUGACGUCCAUCUUCAACUCGGCCAGCACGCUCUUCACCAUGGACAUCUACACCAAGCUGCGCCGCAAGGCCUCCGAGAAGGAGCUCAUGUUGGCUGGCAGGGUUUUCAUGCUGUUCCUGAUUGGUGUGAGUAUCGCCUGGAUACCUAUCGUCCAAUCAGCUCAGAGCGGGAAGCUGUUUGACUACAUCCAGUCCAUCACCUCCUACCUGGCCCCGCCCAUCGCCGCUGUGUUCGGACUAGCCAUCUUCUGCAAACGAGUUAACGAGCCCGGCGCGUUCUACGGCCUGAUGUUGGGUCUGGGUGUUGGCCUGUCUCGUAUGAUAGCUGAGUUUGCGUACGGCACGGGUAGCUGCGCUGCGCCUAGCAACUGUCCCACCAUCAUCUGCGGCGUACACUACCUCUACUUCUCCAUCAUCCUCUUCACGCUGUCCUGCCUCUUCGUACUCUGCAUCUCGCUCAUGACCAAACCCAUCCCAGACGAGAACCUGUACCGCCUCUGCUGGAGUCUGCGUAACAAUACGGAGAAGAGAAUCGAUCUGGAGGCGGAUGAUUGGACGGCUGACCAGGAUGACUCCAGCACCAUGGAGGUGGAAGAGGAUACAGAGGACCCCGGCUGCUGUAAGAAGGCUUAUAACUGGUUCUGCGGGUUUGAGGACAAGAAGGCUCCUCGCCUGAGCGCCGAGGAGCAGGAGGAGCUUCAGAAGCAGCUGACGGACACCACCGAGGUGCCCCUCUGGAGGAACGUGGCCAACGCCAACGCCAUCAUACUCCUCGCCGUCUGUGUCUUCUUCCACGGCUUCUACGGCUAACGUGGAGGGAGCUAACCAGGGGUGCAUAUCUCAAACGCGUACUUGCUAACUACAUUAGCUACUUUGUUGGUUGCAAUGCAAUUUCCCAUUGGCAACUACCGAAGCUGCUAACUGCUAACAACUACGCUCUCAAGAAAUGCAAUCCUUGGAAAAGAGUUAACUACGAGGGAGUUAAUGAGAAGGGAGUUAACGAGAAUUAGGAGAGUUAACAUGGACGUUUACACACCUACACAUGCAAACAUCUACAUACACAUAAGCAAUGCACAUCUACACAUACUGUACAUACAAACACACAAUGAAUACACACACUGUGUACAUACAAGCAUGACUUGUUACAAGCAUGGCUUGAUAUUCAUUGCAUAUUUAAAGCACUUAAGGCUGCCGUGAUGCUCUUAUCUUAGCUGAGGCGGAUCUGUCUGUCUGUCUGUCUGUCUGUCUGUCUGUCUGUGCAGAGUAUAUUUAAAACACUCUACACGAUACUGGUGAAGGGGAUUACAGAGACUCAAAAUCAUCCCUUGGGAAUUUAUUUUUGUUUAUUUCAAUUAUAUGGAAGUACUGUAAAGCAAUCAAGCAAAAGAAAAAAAACAAUGCGCCAAGAAGAUGCACAUAUUAAUGUUUUUUUGAAGAUGCACAUAUUUAUAUUUUCUGAGUCUCACAAUAAUCAUUAGUGAUAUUUAUUGUACAGUAGAUAUACUCCGGUUGAUUCCUAUUCAAUGUGGACCCUCACCAGAUGGGCCAAAGCUGCCAGCUGCCACAAAUGAAUCGUGUUGGGUCCAUUUCAAACUGGUUCCUCCCACCCUCUGCUGCUGCCUGUGGCCUAAGGAACAACCGCGUUGCAUUAAAUAACACGUCUAUCGUCAACGAUGUCUUGCAUCACAAGGCCACAAGCAAAAGGAGAGGACAGGAGGUCCCAUUGCCUUAUCUCUCUCUGCCUCUGUCACAUCCUGAUACAUGGGUUCUACAUUUUUGUUUUCUCCCUGACUGUGCGAAACUAGCUGCGCACAACUCAACCUCUGAUUGUUGGAAACCGCUGUCGCUCACGUGGUUGGCUGCCGGUGUCUUGCCCCUCCCCACAACACCGUGUUGAUAAAAAAAAAACCCAUCUAUAAUGAGAUCAACACAAGGACACCAGGUUAUUAUUGUCUUUGUGUAGACAAAUUACUGUAAUAUAUCUGGCUGAAGGUUUUAUCUCUUCUCUAUACUGGCACCAUACACCCAUGCAGUCCUUUGAAAGGGACCCCCCCCCCAUUCAGUACAUACAGUGUAAUAAGAACCCACUUCUGAGGUGUGCCUUAGGCUAAGGUGCCUGAGACUGUUUCUUCAGCAAAGGCUGAGUUCUACACUGGGCUACCUGUCCAGCUGCCAGUCUUAGGACACGUGUGCCUUUAUGGAUGCUUAGAUUCCUAUAAUAAACUAUUUAUAAUGUUAAUAAAGAACAUCAUGGCAGGCUGUGACAUGAUAUGAUUGUAUUGCGUAAUGUGAUUUAAAAUCCCAGUGCUGUAUGAGUGAAGUUUUAUAAAA